GACUUGCACGAGUGAGUAACGAUAAUUCACGUAGUUGCUUAUCAUUUAAAAACAGCGUAUUAAAAUUGGGCGUAACUCAGUCUACAAGGCUACGACAUAUGAUUACUAGUCGACAUGUUGCUGAUCUGCCUUCUUUUUACCAUUGUAAGGUUUGGUUCAUCUACCCUUACUGAGGAAGUGUGCUAUGGGGCCAAGUACAAUUUGCCAGCAAGUUUCACACCACCUCUCUACAAUAAGACAAUUACAUGUACUCCGAAAUUGGGAGAUUCAAAGAUUGUUGUCAACAAUGGACAGUCACUGGAUCCUCGUUUUCAAGUUUCACAAGAUGAAAUUGAAAUGGCAGAUUUAACAGAACAAGACAAUGAAACAGUGUUAUCCACAGAGAAAGGAGACUCUGUAAAAGUCAAUGUUAAAAAUUGUCGUAGCCCAGUGAAGAAGUUUUAUGGAUCUUCAAUCAUUUGGAUCAUACCGGAUGAAGCUGAAUAUUUAGAGUUCUCUAAAUAUAAUGUCUCAGAUACCCCAGGCCACCCUAUAGUCCUUUGGAAUCGCACUGACCCCUCUUACAGCAGAGGAAAUGCAAGCAGCAAUGACUAUGAGAUCAAGAACAUAACACAGCAAGACAGUGGAUACUACAGGUUUAGGGGCUCCAAACAUCAACUGCUAAAAUGGGAGCAAAUAGUAGUUGAAGAGCAUGUUAAAAACUAUACUUAUGUGAUGGGCAAAAUGGUGUAUAUAGAGUUUCCUCUUGUAGUCAUCAUAAGUCAAGUUAGAUUUACACAUGUGGGUGCAGAAACCCACACAGUGUUAGAAAAUGGUGGCAGAGUUCUCAUAACAAACCAGUACCUUACUAUUGACGAUGCCACCUUUGAAGAUGCUGGCACAUAUGAGUUUUUUGACAAGGAAGGCAACUUGAUCCUGCACGUGGAGAUAGUAAUUAAAGAGGAUGAAGAGCCUCUACAUUGGUUUUUCAUUGUUGCGUUGUGUGCCUUUGGAGCUGGAUUCAUGGGGUUAGGUGGCCAUUUCUGCUGGAAAAAAUAUAAAAACAAAAGAAAAAGUUCUGAUACUUCUGAGGAAGUGACCCCUGCAGUAAUUUUCCAAGCUUUAAAAGACAACUCAAACAGAGACCCAACUACUCUCUAGAGCCAGUCACAGUGCCAGGAGGAUUGGCGCCUUGAUCUUUCAGCUCAACCACUGCAGGAAACUAUAUAACUAACACUGAACCAGAACAGGAAGAAAUGUGAUGGAUCUUAUCAGACUAAAUGUGAGAACUCAGCCACAGUAUGUUUGCAUUCUGUGCCUAUAGGAAUUUGUGCAUGAAUGGUAAGAGGUCACAUUUUCCACCUUCAAGGCACUCAAAGCACUUUACAGCAAGGAACCACUCACCCAUUCACACACUAGUGUACACAGACACUGUGGGCAAGGUGGGUUAAGUGUUUUGCCCAAGGACAGAACAACAGCAUUUGUCUGUGGGAGCUGGAAUCACACCAGCCAACCUGUGGGUCAGUGGAUCUGACCACUUAACUUGUGAUUUUUUUUUUUUUUU